AUGGAGGUGCUUGCCGCGGGAGUGGCAGGCAGCCUUUUCGGUUACAACCGAGAGAACUUUUUCUUCGAUGGCGAGCAGCGGAUAAAGCGCGAGUACCAAGGCCAGACCAUGCGUGUGAAGCAGUUUGAGCUCUUCAGAGAAGAUAUCCGCGACUUGAUGGACCUUACUGUGUCAAAGAUGGACAACUACUUGAUUGUCAACACGAUUCAGAUCGGGCUAGUGGUGGUGCUCUUCACAGAGGGCCGGCCUGAGCCGGGCAAGGCGCCGCCAUGGCUCUUGUUCCUGUGGAGCGCAUCUGGCGUCGGCUCCUUCAUGUACAUCACCCUAUGCAUUUGGCUGGCCAUGCAUGCGUCCAUUUGCUCGCACUCGUUCUGUGUGCGCAUGCUGACGCAGCUGGUUCGACUGCCGGUGCCUACCAAGGAGCAACUUGACGCUGCCCGGGUGCUGGCCACGGAUUUCGAGGGGAAGCGGGUGAGGGAGAUGCUGCGGGUCCCAGUUGUGAAGCAGCAGCUCAAGAAGCUGGCCGGAAUGGUUGACCAAGUCAGCGAGGAGGCCGAUGCGCCUGAAAGGGCUGACAGCAACGCCAGCUUGGCGGGGAGUGACCUGGCCAGUAGCGCUGGCGCGGAGGAGACCAUGAUGGAUGCUGAUGGCCGGCCGGUCGCCACGGACACGCUCACUCAUGUGAAGCUCUACCGCCGCAUGCAAGCAAACUGGCAAGCCUAUGACGCCUAUGCCCGGGUGAGCAUGGCCCUCGGCACCAAUCAGUUCCUCCAGCAACUGGGCUACACCUGCUUGAUCGGCUUCGUGUCAGAGAACAAUUCUGUUCUCCCAGGCAUGUGUUCGGUGGCAAUCUUCAGUACUUGUUCCGCCCUGCUUGUUCGCUUGGACUUGUAUGUGUCAUUUCGCUGCCUCGUUUUGGCCUUUGUGCUGAACACGCUGCCGCCGUUGAUCUCUGGGAUCAGCCUGAUCCUGGUGUUGGAAGGGAAAGAAAAGGGAAGAGAUGCCAUGAUAUUGGUGGGAGAUUCUCUGGUGCCUGCUGCAAUUGCUCUACACAUUUUGUGGCUCGUCAUGCUGCUGAAUUGGACAAAGGGCAAGAUCAUUCACGGCAUCGCACUGCCAACGACCUUCCGUUCUGUGCUGUAUCUUGACGUCUUCGGCUGGCUCAGCACCACCAGGGAGACUCAGGAUCCUCCUCUCGAGCGUCGCCGAGCGGAGCCCAACGGUGACGAGGAGGAGGAGGAGGAGCCAUCUCCAGCCUUUGAGCUCAGCGUCGUGAGAGAGGAGGAGCCCGCGGUUUGCAUUCCUUUCGCGGGCGGCGAGUGCAGACGGAGUUUGCGGGAAUCCUUGGCACACCUCUGUGGAGAAAUGAAUGCGGAGCUGGAGCACGACAUCGGUUGCUUUGAGGGCAAUGAUGUUGCUUCCCUGAUGGAGGAUUACGACAAGCAGACGGUGGCCGAGCUGCGGAAGAAGCUGGACAACUAUGCCACGCGCUUACGCGAGGCCGGCGAGGCGUCAUCCGUGGAGGAGUACCAAGCAAACGUGCCAGUAUGGGUGAAGCUGGAAUGGAAUCCAUCGGGCCAAGCUAUGUCCUUCUACCGCCGGGUUCGUGCAGCCGACAGCAGCGUGGUGUGGACCGAGCCCUUGCCUCCAGAUCGGGUCCUUGAGCUGGAAGAUAUUAGGAUACGCCUGGAGGGCCUUGAGCAAAAAAUGCAGAUGCUGAUAGCGGAGUUCUCCAAAGAAGAGGCAGCUCCCGAUUCAGCUUUGCUGUCCGUUCCAGACGAGCGCACGAACUCAUGCAGGGGUGGCUCUGCGAGCUCCACCACAUCUGAGGUUACUGAGAUGUGGCACACGCCGGAAGGCCCGAUGGACCCAGCGCAGGAGUCUCGCUAUGGUGGAAGCGAAGCAGUUCAACUGGCAGAGGUCACCCGGCAAGCCUUCCUCCGGCAUCCGCAGGCCGGCGAUUUUCACCCUCACCGCGAGAGGAGCAACAGUAGUUCUAGGCAUCAGCCUGGGCAGCUGCCCUGGCACACCAUCCAGCAGGGCAGUCUGGUCCUGAUCGCUGCCUGGUGUGCCGGGUUUGUUUGGUCCAUCCUGCGUUUGGCGACAAGCGCUGUGGACAUCCUGAGCCCGCCCCCGCCGCACGCGCCUGAGCUGGAGAUGAUCUCGGAUGGGCCAUGGCCCCGCUUCUUCGAGCCCAAAGGAAUUGCUUGCCAUCCUCAUGGAUCGCAGCUUAGAAUUCUGAUCGCCGAGAAGCAUCACGUCCAUGCGCUCGACUCAGAUGACUGGAAGCUGAAACCCAGCCUAGAGGAGGCACAGUGCUUGUCAGAGGAGCCGCGGUUCCACGCAGCAGGGCUGCGAGGGAUUGCGCUGGACUGCAAGGGGGAGGCCUGCUCAAAGCUGCUGCUGGGAGAAGGGGAAAGCGUCUUGCGAUGCGAAGGCAAUGUCAGCAAGUUGCGCUUCUACGGGGGCCCAUGGCAGCUGGCUGCAUCUGGCGACUCUGACUGGGGCAUCUUCGGCCAACGUGGGGCAGAGAGCCCAGCACUUUUGCAGCAAGGUGAGCCGGGUAGUUUCGUGCCCACUAUGGAACUGGGUCCGCAUCCUGCAGGAGAUCAGCAGUGGAUGGACAGCUUGCAGGGGGGAGGAUUGCUGGCGCUGAGCAGAGAAGGAGUCCUGCACGCAUGGCGGCCUACUUCGCCCUCCUGGUUGCCAUCAGGUUGGUCUUACCGUCUUCCAGAGGAGCUCGGCUUGAGGUGGCUGGGGCUUUGUGCUGCACGCGACGCAUUCGUCCUGGGCAAGGGCCGACAAGGCAGAUUCCAGCUGUGGCGGCUGAAGCUGCCAUCUUCCUUAGGGCAGGGGUAA